AGAGAAAUAUUAAAGACUUUGAAUAGGUCUAGCCAAAAGUCCAAACAUUAUCAGAAUGAAGUUCCUUGGUCUCCCGUUCUAUCUGUCUUAGCAGAAACUUUUGUUAAUUUUUCUCAUUUCAUCUAUUAGUGUUCUAGAAUCCUUUAUAUCUUUCCUUUCGUUCAUUAGAGCUAUUGUCCAACUGCCGCCAAUUUGCUCUACUCGGUUGCUGAAACCGACUUUCGUCUCGUCAUUCGAAUGUAGUUUAUUAGAUCAAAUGGUGAUUUUUCGGUUGUCAAGCUAUCGCAGAUCGAUUUCGCAGAAAUCCGCUUAUAUAAUCCCAAGUGUUUCAAAUCUGGCGUCGAAAUUAUGUAAAAUGCACAAUCGUCGAUUCCCUAAUAAAAAACACACAUGAUAACUCGACCACAAUGCUAGACAAUAGUUCGAAAAGUGUUGUCAUUCAUGUUACAUCAUUGUAAAAAAGGCACCAAGAAAGAGAAAGUCCGAACCACAAGAUGCAAUGGAACGAACAUUUGUCAAUAAUAAUAAAAUCGACGUCACACCUCUUUGCGCUCCUAUUUUCACUUAAAUCGAAAAACAAAGCUGUUGCAGAAAAAUCGUAUAAAUAGCCGUUUAUUGAACUCGAACAAUCAGUCUCGAUUUGGUCCUCUAGGUGUUUCACUCGAAAAUGUUAUCGUAUCGGGGCUUGUGCGUCCUGGGUCUCAUCGUGACCCUCGGGAUAUGUUUAACCUCAUCCCGGGAGAUCUCCCGGCAAAAACGGGACCUCGUGGACCUUGAAACAGCCGCAUCACACGGCCACAGCUGGAAAAAGGGCGGCGGCAAAGAGCACCACUCCGACCACCACGGCAGCCACGGCGAAAAGGGCGAUAAAGGCUACAAAGGCCACCACCACCACGAAAAGGGCCACAAGGGCCACCACGACAAGGAGGGCCACAAGAAACACUUCGAGGAACACGGGGGACACAAAAAGGGCCACCACCACAAGGACGGCUACUUCGGGGAACACCACAAGGGCGAAAAGGGGGAAAAGGGGCACAAAUACGGCGAAAAGGGUUCCUACAAGAAGGGCCACAGCACCAAAGGAGGACACGAUGUCCACAAGCUAGAUGAGUACAAAAAGGAGAAGCACUUCUACGACGAAGACCACGAUUCUGGUCACCACGAGAAACACGGAGGGUACCACCAUCACGAUGGGUACAAGAAGGGAGGCCACAAGAAGGGAGGACACAAGAAGGGCGGCCACCACGAAGACCACUACGGGAAGAAGGGACACCACGAGCACGGAUCGCACCACCAUGAAGAUAAGGGCCACAAACACGCCGGUGGGCAUGAGGAACACUACGGGCAUGGGUCCAAACACGCCAAGAAGGGCGGUCAUGAAGGGCACAAACACUGGGGAUACAAGAAGAGCCACAAGGGCCACUAGAGUUGUUAUGCUUGAAUUGUUGUUGCUUUUUGUUGCGUUGAUAUUAAAUGAAAAAUAAAA